AUAUUCGAAGGCAUGGAAUUUAUACAUAAAGUAGUUUUUACAAUAAUCCUUCACAUUCUUCAGAUACGUUGAAAAGUGACAUUUUUUAACAAGGCCCAUUUUAAAGUUAAUUUCGAUUGACGUCAAGCCGCAUCGAGUUAAAACUGAAAGAGCAGAUCGUGGUGGUGAAAGAGAAGCCGAGGCCUUUUAAAAAUGGCCGCGCACGCAUCCAAAACAACACGAUAAUGCCUCGAACGUGCGACUGCAGCGAUUGCUCCAAAAUUCGAAGAAACAUCACCGAUAUAUUUUCAGCGUUGAAGAUCUACGGAUGGAUGCUGGACUCAUACAUCGUGGAUUUUUAUUUGGAAGAUCAUUGGUCUAAAUUACCUUCAAGUUGGAAAACACUCUUGGAUCAGAUUCAGCCUGACGAACUUGGGAAAUGGAUCCUUAGACAGACAAAUGGAAGCCGCCAAGUUUAUCCUUUAUCGCUCAUAGCCCUGCGAAGUUUCAUCGAGAAGGUAGAAAUAUGUCGGGAUCAAGAGCGGAAGGACGCUUCCUUCAAGUGUGUCUCGCGCACAGAAGUCGAGAUUCGCGCUGAGCGCGAUCGAACCGACGAUGUUCCGAAGAAUAAUAAAUUACUCAAUGACGAGAAGUUGGACAAGCUGAUCAUGAAACAUGUCAAAGAGAAGAAAAGAUACGAAAUACCUGUUAUGUCAGAGGUGGUAGCGAAUUGCGCAUCGAAAGCUAAAUGCAAGUGCGUCGUCGACAUUGGCUCGGGUAUCGGUCACUUGGCCCGGGCACUCGCCUACAAGUACGGCUUGUGCUUGCUCUGCGUCGAGCAGAAUCCAGACCUCAUCGAGCGUGCCAGAAAAUGGGACGACCAGUUGGAGCUGACAUUGAGGAAACGCGGCAACGAUCUCAGCGAGACGAGAUCGCCGCAUCACGCGUCGAUGUGGGUGAGCGUCGAAAAGUCGUGCGAGCUCGCGCGAACUUUGCGGGCGAAUUUCGAUCUCGAGGGCUCGCGGGACGAGCUCGGCUACGGUUUGGUGGGGCUUCACCCGUGCGGCGAUCUCGGGCCCACGCUGUUGAAGCUGUACGCGACCGAGCCCAGGAACAGAUUCAUCUGCGUCGUCGGCUGCUGCUACAUGAAGCUCAGUCAGGGAGGAAGCAGCGAGGCCGGCUACCCCAUGAGCGAGUUCGUGAAGCGACUACCCACGAGCGAGACCGUGGAGAUGAGCUACAACGCCCUCGAGGUGUCCUGUCACGCCUCAGAGAAUCACUGCGACAAGCUCGUGAGAAACGACUACGACGAUCUCAUCGUUCACGCCUAUCGGGCCGCCUUGGAGUAUCUGCUGGCCGGCAAGAGUCCGCAGCUGCGACGCUGCCAAGUGAAAAGCCUCAAGUCCCACGGCCUCACUUUCCAACAAUACUGCCAAGCCGCGACGGCCGAUCUGCGCGAGUCGCAUCGGCCGAGCGAUGACGACUGCCGGCGCGGCGACGUGCUGGACAUGCUGCUGGACUGGAAACGAGUGCUGGCCUUCGGAUCGCUGCGUCUGCUGCUGGCCCCGCUGGUCGAGUCGCUCCUGCUCUACGAUCGAUUUCUCUACCUGUCGGAGCUCGGCUUGGAGCCCGAGCUCAAGGCCCGAUUCGAUCCGAGAUUAUCGCCUCGCAACAUACUGCUCACGUCCAUCAAGUCUUGACCGAGAGAGAGAGAAAAAUAUUAACCGGGAGAGAUCGAUCGGUUAUUGUCAGCUGCGAAUCGAUAAUUAUAUACGUUUUCGCUGAUUAUUUAAUAAUUGCCUUUAUGUAAAUAAAAAGAAAUAA